CAAACCUUUGAUCUUCUUCUUCUUCUUCUUCUCUAAGAUGGGUAUUCAACUAACCGGUCUAGCUCAAGCGAAACAAAAGCUGCAGCGAACGCUCUUGGGACGAAUCGGGAACGCGAUGGUAACAUCGAAUGUUCCGAAAGGCCAUGUUGCAGUUUAUGUUGGGGAAGGCAAUAGGAAAAGAUUUGUGAUUCCUAUAUCUUACUUGAACCAUCCAUUGUUUCAAGACCUUUUGAAUAGAGCCGAGGAGGAAUUUGGAUUUAACCAUCCAAUGGGUGGUAUUACAAUCCCAUGUAGUGAAGAGUACUUCAUCAGUUUAACAACAUCAUUGAACUGUUCAUAGAAGCUUCCUGCACUAAAAAUGGCUGCAGAAAACAUAAAGUUGUUGCAGUAAAAGCCAAGAAAAGAGCAGUCU